AUGUACAAUGUCGAUAAAAUCCGCAGGAAAGAGUAUUCACACUUGAAUAAAACAAGUUAUCUUGACUAUGGCGGAACGACUCCAUACGCCAAAUCGCUAGUUGAUGAAUCAGCACGGUUAUGGAAAUCUGCCUUAUUUGGAAAUCCCCAUUCACAUUCUGCAUCUUCCUUGCUUGCAACAGAAUAUGUCGACCGGGCACGAAGUCACGCUCUGCAGUUCUUCCGUGCAGAUCCCAAGCAUUUUGAUAUCGUUUUUGUGGCUAAUGCAACUGCGGCAAUAAAGUUGGUAGGAUAUUGUUUUCAAGGAAAGGGUUUCUGGUACGGAUAUCAUCGUGAUUCGCAUACUAGCAUGGUCGGUAUCAGAGAAAUUGCCAGCAGUGGGUUCCAUUGCUUUAACUCUGAUGAUGAAUUGGAGAAAUGGGUCGACUCACAAAAAGAUGACAUUCCACUCUUACCAGUUGACGGUAGCGGAAUGCAUCACCCGGCAAAGAAUAAUGGCUCUCCUAAACUGAUCGGAUACCCGGCACAGUCCAAUAUGAACGGACAUCGGACGCCAACGCAUUGGGCUGCUCGAAUUCGUGAGGUAGCUCGCUCAGGCGACAUAGAGGUAUAUACCCUUCUCGAUGCCGCUGCAUAUUGCUCUUCGGCCCAGCUAGAUCUAUCCGAUCCAGAUGCUGCGCCAGACUUCAUUAGUUUGAGCUUCUACAAGAUUUUCGGUAUGCCUGACCUUGGGGCGUUGAUUGUUCGCAAAACCUCAAGCGCCAUCCUAAAGUCUCGACGGUACUUUGGUGGUGGCACUGUAGACAUGGUUCUCCCAUACGACAGCUUCCAUGCCAUAAAGACCGAAAGCAUACACGAAGUCCUCGAGGAGGGCACUUUGCCAUUUCAUAGUCUCAUAAUGCUUGAUUUAGCAAUCACACUGCAUAAACGCCUAUUUCGCUCAAUGGACGCCGUCUCCAAGCACAGUUCGCAAUUAGCACUCAGCUUACACAAAGGCAUGUCAGGGCUGCGCCAUGCAAAUGGUCAGUCGGUUUGUGAGAUAUAUCAGGACUCGAACAGCACGUAUGGCAAUAGCAUUACACAAGGACCAACGAUUGCUUUCAACAUCCGUAUGGCAAACGGCGCCAUCGUACACCAUGACCACGUGGGGGCGCUUGCCAGUGCGUGCAACAUUCAGAUUCGCACAGGUGGUGUGUGUAACCCAGGAGGGAUCGCGGGACAUCUACGUCUUGCUAGCUGGGAGAUGCGCCGCAAUUACUGUGAAGGCUUUCGUUGCGGAGAACCGUUCAAAGUCCGGACCGGGAAGCCUACCGGUAUUGUUCGUGCCAGUCUUGGUGGAAUGUCGAGUCAAAAAGACGUAGAUACAUUUCUUGCAUUUCUUCAACAUUUUUUUGUGGACGACCAAGAGCAAAAUAUGCAAGCCCAGAAACCCUUCAAAGGGCACCAGCAACCCUGGAUAGCAAAGCAGAUACAGGUAUUUCCGGUUCGGCAUUGCUCAGGGUGGAAGCUACCUGCGAACCAGCCGUGGGAGAUAGAACCCGCUCGUCUGGCUAUGGAUGGGGAUUGGUGCCUGGUUGAUCUUCGAAAUGCAAAGGUUCUGGACGAUCCUUCUGCUACCAAGCGUUUAUCUGUUGAUCUAGAUAUAAAGCUGGGCAAGCUACUACUACAAGGGAUUGUGCAUGGAAUCAGUUCUCACAUCAGCGUUGACCUUUGGGGACUACCAAAGGGGGACUGGCUAGCCGAUUCGCUUGAGCAAUUGCCUUCUAGUAAAUAUCGCCUCGCCCGCAAAUUCACGUCUGGAGACGUUGAAGAGCUCAUCACAGCCGUGGUGGGUUAUCCAGCCACCCUGGCUCGUUUCUUUGAAUUUCCGAAGGAUCUCCCGAUUGAUCUUUCACUUGAAAAGCGUCCCAUUCGACGAGCCGCACAAGGAAUCAAGGUCCAAUUUUCAGAGGAUAUGCGACGCACAGAUGUGCACAUUGUCUUAAGUCCGAGAGGCAGAAAACGGAUUCAUUGUCAUAAGUAUCCUCGUAGUUUGCGAUUCGGGAGCCAGACCCUCAUUUAUGCGAAUUCGAUAGAGGAAAAUCUUCAGGAUCGGAACCUUGGGGUGGUCGGCCGGUACUUCCGUCGUUCAGAUGACACGGAGACGAUUGUGUCUCAAAACACCUCGAUCCGAUCCAGGGACUUUGUCCUAGCAUCAUGGCUUGAUCAGGUGAAUAGUGAAGAGGCCAAUUUUGAAGUACUUCACUUCUGCCCUGUUGUAGGAUGUGGCGAAAAACGAGAUGAUUAUACUCGUUUGGUAGAACAUCUAACUAGCCACGCAAAGUCCUUUGUCCCACCGCACAGAAAAAAGUGGCGAGGGACAAUGAGGCAAUUGGCGUGUUUCUGA